CCACCCACGGCACUGCAGGAGCUGGAGCUGAUGGAAAACAUCUUGACGAGCAAGCAGGAUGAGAGCUGGGAGCAACGGGGCCCCCGGGCCUCCUUUGCCCGCCAGGAACGGAGCCGCCUGCUCUGGGAAGACGUCAGCGUUGUGGAGGAGGAUGCCACCAAAGUCACCGCCCUGAAGCUGAGGCUGGAUGAAUCCCAAAAAGUGCUGCUCAAGGAGCGGGAGGACAAGCUGGCGCUCAGCAAGAGCAUCGAGAAGCUGGAGGGUGAGCUCAGCCAGUGGAAGAUCAAGUACGAAGAGCUCAACAAGAACAAGCAGGAGGUGAUGAAGCAGCUCAACAUCCUGAAGGAGAUCCAUCAGGACGAGCUGGGGCGCAUCUCUGAGGACCUGGAGGACGAGCUGGGCGCCCGCUCCACAGCCAGCGCCCUGGACACUGACCUCAAAACCAUCCAGGCCGAGCUCUUUGAGAAGAACAAGGAGCUGGCCGACCUGAAGCAUGUCCACACCAAGCUGAAGAAGCAGUACCAGGAGAAGAUGGCCGAGCUGGCCCACGCCAACCGCCGCGUGGAGCAGCACGAGGGCGAGGUGAAGAAGCUGCGCCUGCGCGUGGAGGAGCUGAAGAAGGAGCUGGCCCAAGCCGAGGAUGAGCUGGAUGAGGCCCACAACCAGACGCGGAAGCUGCAGCGGUCGCUGGACGAGCAGACGGAGCAGAGCGAGAGCUUCCAGGUGCAGCUGGAGCAUCUGCAGUCCCGGUGA